UCAGAGGAGCGGAAGUUUAACAUUGCAGUAAUCCGGUUCAGACAUGACAAGUGCGGCCGACGGAAGCACAAGUCCGUCCUGGUCCUGGUUGUCACUCCCGCACGCCCUACAAACUCCUCUCCCCGCCCCCUCACCGCUGAACUAGACGCCGGUCCUCGGUACCAUGGUGGACUGACGUGUGUUACGUCGAAACGUGAGGAGAAAUUGCUUCUUUGUGCGCUAGUUUUGGUCCGCCACUUAGUGGCGGCGGCGGCGGCGGCCGUUAUGAUGUGCGCCGGGCCGGGUGAGCAGAGAGGAGCCUCGCUUCUCCACCGCAGGCCGUGACGAGCCGGGGACGGGCCAAUGCGUGUGGGCUUCUGAAUAAAGCCGGGGUUGACUGGGCACAGUUAGCCCGCUUCACCAGUUCCCGUUGUAAGUGAGACCCAACCAGCUUUCACGGUGGAAACGAGACGAAGAGCAAAGAUGAAUGCCGUGCGUGGGGGCACAGUCACCUGGCGUCCCCAGCCAUGGCAGGACGGGGACGGGGGAGGAGGGGAGCCCUUGUCAGACAGCGACUCGGAAGAGGAGGACUUCCCGGACGACAGCACCACCCCGCUCGGGGACUAUAUAACUCAUGGACUGAAGCAGCUCCUCGAUGCUCAGCAGCUGUGUGACGUCACUCUGCUGGUCGAGGGGAGGAAGUUCAUGUGUCACAGAGUCCUCUUAGCAGCUGUGAGUCCGUACUUCCGGGCCAUGUUCACCAGCCCUCUGGUGGAGUCCCGCCUCACUGAAAUCCGACUGGAGGAGGUGACGCCGUCCGUCAUGGAGACGGUCAUCCAGUUCGUAUACACCGGCGAGGCGGGGCUCUCUCUGGACACAGCCGAGGACCUUUUUGUGGCUGCCAAUCGGCUUCAGGUCAUGCCCCUCCAGGACCUGUGCUCCAGGUUUCUAUUCGAGCACCUGUCAGUGGAUAACUGCCUGGGGAUGUACUCUCUGGCUCGCUCUCAUCACGACCAGCUCCUCCUGCGUGCCUCCCUGCGGCUGGUGGCGCAGCACUUUCCCCGGGUGGCCCGGCAGAAAGACUUCCUCCUGCUCGACCACGGCACCUUGGGCAGCCUCCUGAGCUCCGACCGCCUGGGGGUGGACUCCGAGGCGGAGGUCUACGACGCUGCACGCCGUUGGGCAGAGCACCAACCUCUGGAUCGCUACGCCCACAUGCCGGCGCUUCUUCACCACCUACGCCCAGGGCUGCUGUCCCAAGAAGAGAGCCGGAGACUGAGCCAGGAACUGGGACCCGCUGCGGCGGGGGAAGGCCUCGGCGGGCCGCUGAGGCCACGGGAGGGAAUGUUUGAGAAGAAAAUUGUCUGUGUGGACCUGACCCCAAGGGAAGAGGAAGAUUUAGCUGUAAGAGACUACACUGUGGACUGCUUUGACCCUCGGACAGGAAAGUGGGAGAAGCUGGCGGCACUAGGUUCGCUCGUUAGUCCCGGCUGCACAGCCGUGGGUGACCGGCUGUUUGUAGCGGGCGGGAUCCUCCGGACCGGCUCGGUGUCGCAGGGUGUACAUGAAUAUGACGCCGUGUUGGACCGGUGGAUAGAGCGUCCCUCGAUGACCCAGCCCCGGGCGAUGCUCGGCCUGCUGGGCUGCGGUGACUCACUGUUUGCAUUGGGUGGCAGCAACCGCUCGGCUCUCCUGGACUCCAGUGAGACGUUGGAGCUGACCACGCUUCAGUGGGGCCCCGGGCCCCGGCUGCCGCUCCCACUGCGUGCUUUUGCCUGUGCAGCACUACGCGGGCGACUUUACCUCCUGGGAGGAACGACACUAGAACAGAAUCGAGCCGUGGUCCACUCGGGCGUGCUUAUUUAUCACACACUGACAGACUGCUGGACACGUGUGGCGCUGGAUUCUGGGGCAACCUGCCUUGCUGGAGGGGUGGCGGUACGAGGGGGAGUCUGUGCAAUUGGAGGGUACAUGAGGGACACCACCAAGUUCCUGGAUGGUAACUUCACCAACCUGGAGACUUUAGACGCUACCGGGCGCGUCCUGUUCUUCCGGGAGGGCCGGGGAUCGGCCGUGGAGAGGGAGGUGACCGGGGGAGGUGUGAUGGUCAGCACGGAGCAGCGAGGGGGCGCGGGAGGCGGAAGCGACCGAGCCCCCAGCCCUGUCGUCUUCCCCGGGUUGCCCCGGCGGAUCGCGGCAGGCGGCGUGGCCAGGUGGAAAAGGAGGAUUUACGUGCUGGGUGGAGAAAACGGAUCGCGGUUUUAUGACAGUGUGUACUGCUGGAAACCCGGCUGGCGCAGCUGGGUCCAGAGGCGGGAAAAACUCCCUGGCGACACUGGCGGAGUGAGCCAGUUUGGGUGUACCACUCUGAAGUUCCCUAAAAAACACAUUCUGUCCAGACUGAGACUAGCCAAAGAAAACUGCAAGAAGACCACCGAGUAGCUCAAACAUGCUGGGAGAUUGACUAAAUGUCAAUAUUGGGUUUGAAUUGAGGUCAGUUUGGGGAUACUGUUUUCUACAAUCCCAGCACAGCCACCAAACAGGCCUAUCACAGACCAGAUCUUUGGUCUCAUGGACCACAAGUCAUCAGAUUGCAGUCCAGUAAUGUAAACAAUACGUUUUGGUUAGAUUGAUGCCGUCAGUUUAAAAUUCAGAUAGGAUAUGAGGAGACCCUCUUACAGUUUACGUUCCAGUCAGAGGUCGCAUUGCUUCCGCUGUCGAAGCUUUGUGCGCCUCUGUUAUGUAGCGUCUCCACUGAGUGACGCUUUAAGUUAAAGUAUUGUGAAAAGGACAUCGGUAGUAAAGCACAGUCAGUCCAUACGGGAAAUUACUUUGUCACAUCUCACAAAAACAAGAAAAAUCUCUGAAGAAGAAGCCCUGGUGUUGCAGUUUUUAAAGAAACACAACAAGUUUGAUCAGUCUAUAUGUUAAAAAAAUGAACGCUGUUCUAGUUUAGUUUCUAGUUUAUUCAUUUAUUUGAUCAGGGACAAUACACAGUAAAACAAUCCACAAAAGGAAAAUAUGCGUGUGCCAGGUUAUAGCAAAAAAAUGCUAAUUUCCUCCUGUAGUCCCUGGACAGGUUGAUGUUAUCAAAUACAAACUAUUAAAUUUUACACAAGUAAAACAUCAACAAUCAAUCGUCGUUGGGCUCCCUGUUAAAGCCAAUGUUCAAUUUCAUGGUUCAAAGGGUUUGAUUCACCGGGUGAAUCAUGGUUUUCUUGGUGCAUAAUAUCCCACAUAUCAGUCUGAUCGCUACUUCUUCAUGAAAACCAGACAAUCGAAUCCCCCAAUCAGAAAGACUUCCUCCAGACAUGGAAACUCAGCGACGGGUGGUCAAACAGUCAGGAAGCAGGUGGAGCUAUAACCUGCCCAAGAGUCAGCCAACACACACCUGAAUGUAACCCAAUCCACUGUUUUUUGGAAAAGUAAAUUUUUUUUAAUUUGAUUGGUUCUAACUGUAAUGUUCUUUUAAGCUUUUUGUUGAUGUUCUGCAUUGGUUUUGAUAUUUGGAAAUCUCUUAAUGCUGUGAAUUUUUUGGGCAGCCUCCAGUGUUUGACAGAAGGUUACCGGUACCAUCCAAACAUGCUGUGUUCUGCUUUAUGUCCAAAAAGAAAUUUGCUUGAGAGGAAACACAUUCUUGAAAACAUUUGUAAUAAACCCACUGGCUUGUAGACAGUUUUGUCUUUUUCCUUUGAUCAAUGAUUUUCAUCAAUUUUUACCUCAGAAAACACAAUUUUAUUCAUGCCAUACUAUUAAAACGGUUGGGUAUCCAAUGACAGGACAGUAUAAAGUCACUGUGACCACACCUGCCUUCAACUGGACAAAGGUCAGGUUAAAUCUGCUUUUCUCAGCUCUGCGUGAGGUUAUGAAGAUUUAAGAGAUACAUUGAAAAAUCCAUCAAUCUCCUUGUAUUUCCACUGGAAAGUGUUGCGGUUACUCUGAAAAACCGAGGAGAGGAAAUUCCCCACGUUUCCGUUUAAAGUAGUUUCGCGGUCAGAGCAGCACAUGGUGACACCUGCUGUUGUUUCAGUUUACAUCCAGAUUAUUUCUCUGGUUUUUAAGGUGACCUCUUCAGUCUGUACCUGCCUUGAAAUCUGUUCUUCUCAAGCAUAACAAA